UCCCUGCAGUCUCGUUCCAUUCCAGACCACGCCCACUACCUUUGGAGACCUGCGAGCAGCCAAUGGGCAUUCAGCUCAGCGGAGACGUGUCACCUCAGGCCCGCCCCCCUCCGGCCUACAGGACUGGCUUCACACCUUCCAGGCGUGGAGUGGUCCUGAGCGCCUAUUGGCUCUGGAUGACUUGAUUGACAGCUGUGAGUCCAAUCAGGUGAAGCACAUGAUGCAGGUUAUUGAGCCUCAGUUCCAACGAGACUUCAUCUCCCUGCUGCCCAAAGAGCUGGCCCUGUAUGUCCUGACGUUCCUGGAGCCCAGAGAUCUGAUGCAUGCUGCUCAGACCUGUUCCUAUUGGAGGAUACUGGCUGAGGAUAACCUGCUGUGGAGGGAGAAAUGUAGGGAGGAGGGUAUAGAAGAGUCCCUGGUUGUUCAGAGGAGGAAGACUCUAAAACCUGGCUUCCUCCACUCCCCCUGGAAGAGUGCCUACGUACAACAACACCGGAUAGAGAGCAACUGGAGGACUGGGGAUAUCACCUCACCUAAGGUCCUGAAGGGUCACGAUGAUCAUGUGAUCACAUGUCUGCAGUUCUGUGGUGACCUCAUCGUCAGUGGAUCUGAUGACAACAGUCUGAAAGUCUGGUCUGCCCUGACCAGCAAGUGUCUGCGUACAUUAGUAGGCCAUACAGGAGGCGUGUGGUCCAGUCAGAUGAGUGGUAACAUCGUGAUCAGUGGGUCAACAGACAGGACUCUGAAGGUUUGGGACGCAGAGAGCGGAGAGUGUGUUCACACCCUGUACGGACACACCUCUACUGUACGCUGCAUUCACCUGCACGACAAACAGGUUGUGAGCGGUAGCCGCGACGCUACGUUGCGUCUGUGGGACGUAGAUUCUGGCGAGUGUCUCCACGUCCUGACGGGUCAUGUGGCGGCGGUACGGUGUGUCCAGUAUGACGGCCGCAGGGUGGUCAGCGGAGGAUAUGACUUCAUGGUUAAAGUCUGGGACCCGGAGACAGAGACCUGUCUACACACUCUGCAGGGACACACUAACAGAGUCUAUUCACUACAGGUAGGAACACACACACACCCUGAGACAGAGACCUGUCUACACACCCUGAGACAGAGACCUGUCUACACACUCUGCAGGGACACACUAACAGAGUCUAUUCACUACAGGUAG